AUAUUUCAGUUAGGAGGCUGUUUUAGUUACUGCUGUAGCUAAAUGCUAAGUCACAAACCACAUAGUUUCAGCUCCUUUUUUGGUGUUCCCUCUGUGGGAAUUGAAGCCAUGCCAUGUUCCUCAAUUCUGUUAUUCUGUGACCCUGUGCUGGUUGUAGUUACUGGCUUGAAAGAAUAAGUAUUUCUGUGAGAUAAUUGGCUGCAGCAGUGAGUUUUGUAGCAGUAUACAUCUAUGUUGGAUAUAAUGUUAUAAAAAGGUUAUGUUUAUGUACAGUCUGAUAUCUUGAAGCACAUUACACUGCAGUCUUCUACAAGGACAUUUUCUUUUUCUGCAUCAGCAUGGAAGCAAUGCAUCUAGACAGAGAGCUGCUACCUGGUCAUGAUGAAGAAGCUGUUGUGGAUACAGGCAAAAUCAGUUCUACUAUCAACACAAACUUUGAGAAAGAAGAAUUAGAAAGUCAUAGAGCUGUAUAUAUUGGUGUGCACGUGCCCUUUGGAAAACAAGGUCGACGCCGUCAUAGACAUCAUGGUCAUAAACGUCAUAGACGAAGAAAAGAAAAGGAGACUGAUAGAGAAGAUGGGCGGGAAUCUCCUUCUUAUGACACACCAUCCCAGAGAGUGCAAUUUAUCCUUGGUACAGAGGAUGAUGAUGAAGAACACAUUCCACAUGAUCUUUUUACUGAAAUGGAUGAACUUUGUUUUAGAGAAGGAGAAGAAUAUGAAUGGAAAGAAACUGCCAGAUGGCUAAAAUUUGAAGAAGAUGUUGAAGAUGGUGGUGAGCGGUGGAGCAAACCUUAUGUGGCUACUUUGUCUCUUCAUAGUCUGUUUGAAUUGAGAAGUUGCAUUUUAAAUGGAACGGUCAUGUUAGAUAUGAGAGCCAAUUCACUGGACGAAAUAGCAGACAUGGUGUUGGACAACAUGAUAGCUUCUGGCCACCUUGAUGAGUCAAUGAGAGAAAAUGUCAGAGAAGCCCUUCUGAAAAGACAUCAUCAUCAGAAUGAAAAAAAGUUUAGUAAUCGGAUUCCCCUCGUCCGAUCCUUUGCAGAUAUAGGCAAGAAACAUUCUGACCCUCUCUUGCUUGAAAGAAAUGGGGAAGGCCUUUCAGCCUCCCGCCAUUCUUUACGAGCAGGUCUCUCUGCCUCAAAUAUUUCCCUGAAAGGAGAGAAUCGUUUGUCCCUUCUUCUCAAUUACCUACUUCCUGGAUCUCCAACAACCUCAAGGAGUACAACCCCUUUACCUACCCCACAAAGCACUCCGCCUUCCAGUCCUAAGUGUGAUUCUAAGGGAACCACAAAUUUCCAGCCAAUCGAGCAUCAGGUGUCUCCUUCUAAUGAUGAUAUCCCUAAAGUAGUAAUUCAUCCACCUGAGGAAGAUUUAGAAGCUCAGGAAGGCAAGAAGAGGACAGAGGAAAAUAGUGACAUAACACCAGGGCUCUUAGCAUCACCACAAUCUGCACCUGGUAAUUUGGAUAUUGGAAAAAAUGGAGAAUUUAAAAUUAGUGGAACAGGAGGGAGUAGAGAAAACAGUACGGUUGACUUCAGCAAGGAUUCUGCCUCCUGGCACUGUAGUUGUGGCACACUUGGUGUGGGACUCAAAAGGCCAGCUGUGGAUAUGAACUUUAUGAGGAAGAUUCCAAUAGGUGCAGAGGCAUCAAAUGUGCUUGUUGGAGAAGUGGAUUUUUUGGAGAGACCAAUUAUUGCUUUUGUGAGGCUGUCUCCAGCUGUGCUUCUCACUGGUCUCACAGAGGUUCCUGUUCCUACACGUUUCCUUUUUCUGUUGCUGGGACCAGCAGGUAAAGCACCUCAGUAUCAUGAAAUUGGUCGAUCAAUAGCAACACUCAUGACUGAUGAUGUUUUCCAUGAUGUUGCUUAUAAAGCCAAAGACAGAAAUGAUCUACUAUCUGGAAUUGAUGAAUUUUUAGAUCAAGUGACUGUUCUUCCCCCAGGCGAAUGGGAUCCUUCAAUAAGAAUUGAACCACCCAAGAGCGUCCCUUCUCAGGAGAAGAGGAAGAUUCCUAAAUUUCCAAAUGGAGCUGCUUCUCCUGGAGAACCCCUUAAGGAAGAAGGUCAUCAUGCUGGACCUGAACUACAAAGAACUGGAAGGCUUUUUGGUGGUUUGAUACUUGACAUCAAAAGGAAAACAUCUUUUUUCUUGAGUGACUUCAAGGAUGCAUUAAGUCUGCAGUGUCUGGCCUCGAUUCUUUUCCUAUACUGUGCCUGUAUGUCUCCUGUAAUCACUUUUGGAGGGCUCCUUGGAGAAGCUACAGAAGGCAGAAUAAGUGCAAUAGAAUCUUUAUUUGGAGCAUCAUUAACUGGAGUUGCCUAUUCACUUUUUUCUGGGCAACCUUUGACAAUAUUGGGCAGCACUGGACCAGUACUAGUAUUUGAAAAAAUAUUGUUUAAAUUUUGCAAAGAUUAUGGACUUUCUUAUCUUUCUUUACGAACCAGUAUUGGUCUGUGGACAUCAUUUUUAUGCAUCCUGUUAGUAGCAACUGAUGCAAGCAGCCUUGUGUGUUACAUUACCCGAUUUACUGAAGAGGCUUUUGCUGCCCUGAUUUGCAUAAUAUUUAUAUAUGAAGCACUGGAAAAGCUCUUUCAUUUGGGAGAAGUAUAUCCUUUCAAUAUGCACAAUGACCUUGAUAAACUGACAUUGUAUUCAUGUGUAUGUGCUGAACCUCCAAAUCCCAGUAAUGAAACUUUAGAGCUAUGGAUGGAAGCCAAUAUGUCUCUGGAUACCAUACCAUGGACCAACCUCACAGUUAAGGAAUGCAAUAAUCUUCAUGGCAUAUUUGUUGGAUCAGCUUGUGGACACCAUGGUCCAUAUUUCCCAGAUGUUCUUUUUUGGUCUGUUAUAUUAUUCUUUACAACAUUUUUCCUUUCCUCUUUUCUCAAGCAGUUUAAGACCAAACGUUAUUUCCCCACUAAGGUACGUUCUACAAUAAGUGAUUUUGCUAUAUUUUUGACAAUAGUGAUUAUGGUUUGCAUCGAUUAUCUUGUUGGAGUUCCUUCUCCUAAACUAAAUGUGCCUGAAAAAUUUGAACCUACAAAGAGUGAUCGUGGAUGGCUUAUCAAUCCUCUCGGGAGUAAUCCUUGGUGGACCCUAGUAGUUGCUGCAGUUCCUGCUUUGCUCUGUACCAUCCUUAUUUUUAUGGAUCAGCAAAUUACAGCAGUUAUCAUAAACAGAAAAGAGCAUAAACUCAAGAAAGGUUGUGGUUAUCAUCUGGAUCUGCUCAUGGUUGGCAUUAUGUUAGGUAUAUGCUCUAUCAUGGGUUUGCCUUGGUUUGUGGCUGCAACUGUCCUUUCAAUAAGUCAUGUCAACAGUUUAAAAGUGGAAUCUGAAUGCUCAGCUCCAGGAGAACAACCAAAGUUCCUGGGAAUCCGUGAACAAAGAGUAACAGGAUUAAUGAUUUUUGUUCUGAUGGGGUUAUCAGUGUUUAUGACCUCUGUUUUAAAGUUUAUUCCAAUGCCAGUUUUAUAUGGUGUUUUUCUUUAUAUGGGAGCAUCCUCACUAAAAGGCAUUCAGUUUUUUGAUCGUAUUAAACUGUUCGGUAUGCCUGCCAAACAUCAACCUGAUUUGAUUUAUCUCCGUUACGUGCCACUAUGGAAAGUACAUGUAUUUACAGUAGUUCAGCUUACAUGUCUUAUUCUUUUGUGGGCAAUUAAAGCAUCAGCUGCUGCUGUUGUUUUUCCUAUGAUGGUUUUAGCUUUAGUUUUUGUUCGCAAACUUAUGGAUUUGUGUUUCACCAAACGGGAGCUCAGUUGGCUUGAUGACCUUAUGCCAGAAAGUAAGAAGAAAAAGGAAGAUGACAAAAAGAAAAAAGCAAAGGAAGAAGCUGAACGAAUGUUUCAGGCAGUGGAAAGUGAAACUGUACACCUUCCAUAUGAAAGAAGUGAAGUAUUACAGAUUCCCGUGAAAGCUCUAAAAUACAGCAUUGAUCCCUCUAUCGUAAACAUAUCAGAUGAAAUGGCCAAAACUGCACAGUGGAAGGCUCUUUCCAUGAACACAGAGAAUGCCAAAGUAACAAGACCUAACUUGAGCCCUGAAAAUGAGUCAUGUGUGAAAAUAGACAUUGAAAAAACAUCUGAAGUAAAGUAUGUAGAUGCUGAAACCUCAUUAUAGAGGUAAAACAAUGAUAUUAUUUUAUAGGAUAUAUUGAAAGAGGGUGACUUUACAGCUUCUUUUAAGUACUAGGUACUUAUGUGAACAAUAGUGAGAUUUUCCAACAAGAAAUGUCUAUCACUGUGGAAAUAUUUAUUUUAAUGGAAUGUUUGUUUCAAUUUUUAAAUAGGAAAAAUAAUUUCUUUUUUAGUUAUCAGUAAGUCAAAGAUCAUCUUUAACUAUAAAUUAUUGGUUUGCAUUGUAUCUGUGAUAUUUUUAUAUAAUUUUAAAUACAAAUGUCCUGUUAUCAGGCAUUCGCUAGUUGGGUUUUUGCAAAUGUUAUGCCAGUUUAUAAGAACAAAUCAUACAUAUGCAAUUUAGUGAAUGGUGGUAUUUCAGCCUUUAUUUCAUAUUAUUUUAUGGAUUAAUUAACUGUAUUUGUAUAUGAAUUAUUUUUUGUUGUACUGUUAAACACCAUUGUAUUGCAUUUUUUUAAAAAAAUAAGUCUUAUAUGUAGUAGUCAACUUAUCAGUUUUAUUUUUUAAUUCACUAACCACAAGAGCAGAUUAUACUGAAAGAAUAAAGCAGUUUUUUUUAAUAUAGAGGUCUAGAUUGGCAUUUAUUUAGACUGCAUUUCAAUAAGGUUAAACAUGAUUAUGGUUCUCUUUUUGUAAAAUAAUUUAAUUUUCUUCAGGGCAUCCUAGAAAUAUAUUCCAGGAGAGGAAAGAAAUUUAUAUCACAUAAAUGGAAAUUUUCUAGUAGUAAUAUAUUAGAACAUCUGGAUUUACAUUCUCUUACAUAAACUUUAUUGCUACUAGACAUUGAAAAUAAAUUUAUGUAGGUUAUUGAAUCCAUCAUUUUAAUAUUCAGUUCCAGGAAAUAAAACCAGAAUUGUUUUAAAAUUAUUCUAAAUUUUUAAAAAUGUUUUCUAAAGCAUAUUUGUCUUAGAUCAAUAAAAGCAUUUAUAUAAAAUGCUGGGUGCAACUGAGUUUUAUCUGUCUAAUGUUUAAGCCCCGUGUUUUUGUUCCAUCAUUAUAGAUUUCAGUAUACCAUAUAUGCUACUGAAAUGAGUAAGGUUUGAUUGUGCUUAAAUAGUACCUGUUUAUUAAUUUUAUAAUAAGACAUAAUAAGAUUCUCUAAAAUUUUAAGUUUUUUAGAUCAGUACUGAAGAGAAACAUUUUAAUGUAAACAUACAUUUUAAUAUGGCUAUGUGAAAACUGGAACUGAAAAUACACAUAACUUAAUUUCAAACUGAAACUGAAGAUUCUCUAGUUUACAGUACACCAAAGAUUUUUUUUUUAAUUUUACAGUGUAGAAAAGGCAUUGCAAUGUGUAAGCAUCCCAAUAUUGUUGAACUUAAUUUUUUGGCAGCAAGUAAUGGAUGCAAGAUUUGUAGUUUCAUUUGGCAACAUCUAGAAUUCUGGUAAAACCAAUUAUAGUUAAAGCAAUUUGUGGAUUUUACCUGAAAUAAGUGAGAGCAAUGCAAAUAAAACUAGCAGUUUGUCGAAAACAGCCCAAUCAUUCUCAGAAAUGCUCGAAUGUAAAACUGAACAAAGAAAGGGGGAAAACUAAAUUUGUAUGCAAAUGUGUUAAAAUGAAAAUCUGAUGCCUACAAAUGAUAAAAUUAAUAUUAAUAUAUUUUGGGUUUGAUAUGACAUAUUGGAAACAGGAUGAUAUUUUCAUUCCUGAGUUCUUGCACAGCUUUUGCCUAAGGUUUUUUUUUUUUUAAAUAUGCACUUUUCUUUAUUUAAAAAUCAUAUUUGUUUAUAUCACAUAAAUAUUUCUGUAUCUUUGAAAUUACAUUUCAAAUUCGUUACUUAGUGUAGGCAAGUUAAUCAUGUUCAUUAGAAUUGACAGGAUUCCAAAUUAAUUAUACUUGUCUUUUGUUAUUACAAAUAUUUGUGUUCAGAGUCAUGUGUAGAAAUUUACAAAGACUUAAAUAGAUUGUUUUGAAUUUUAACCCUUUGUUUUCAAAUGCCUGAAAUUCAAUAAUGCUGUUGUUCAAUGCCAAAGGGUUAAUAAGUUAAUUUAAGCAAAUAUCUGAAAAUUAUUGAAAUUCAUUAUUUAUUUGCUAAUUAUGUAAAAUAAUUCCUAAUGACAAAAAUAACAUGACUUGCAGUGUAAUUUACAUUAUUUGCUUAAAUACUGCUUAUUAAUUCAUUAUUACACAUUUUAUUUUUUUUAUAGCAGACGUCCAAAUAUGAUGUUUAAGAUUCCAGGGCUAAUUUAUAAUUUGCUGCUUAUUGUAUGUUGUAAAACAUUAUUUCUUUUUCCAUAAAUAAAAUUAUAGUAGUAAAGCCAAACCAUAAAAGACAUAGCUUUUAUUGUAUGUAAUAUGAAUAUUGCCCUAAAAGCUAUAAAUGAGUAAAAUUACCAUUACUGAUUAACCGGAGAGUGAAAUCUAAUUAUAGCCAGUAUAUUCCUAUUAUGAGAAUACUAGUCCCACUAAGUGACUGUUUUCUAGAUACAGACUGAUUUAGUGGCAAUAACUGCAAUGUACUUUUUCUGUUCUUUAAAGCAACACACUUUCAGUCCAGAAUAUUUGAAUUUUAAUUCUAUGUAAACAUUUUGUUUAAAAUUGUUUAAUGUCAUAAACAGAACACAAAUACUUUUUUUCAUGCAUUUGUGGGAACUCAUGAACCCAUAUACACAUAUACAUACAUAUAUAAAUGCUUAGUUUCCAUAUUUCACAUUAACUAUACUAAAAACAAAUUAUUCAGUUUUUCAAGGCAAUCAAUAAAAUAUGUAAGAUAAUGUUCAAAGCAUGUACAUUAUUACUUAGGAUCCAAUAUGAUAUUUUUCCUCUUUUACUUCAAUUAAAAUUUAUUUCUGUGUAUGGUAGUCUUAUAAACAGUGUUGUUUGGUAAAAAUUCCAACUAUAAUUGUAAUGUCAGAUAACUGUGGUGCAUUACAAAUAUUCAUGGGUUAAUUCAUGGGUUUUAAUUGCUUAAAAGGGUUUGUUAAUGAACUGUGUUAUGUCCCCAACAUAGUGCAUGUUGGUCAUUAGUAAAAUGUAUUGAAUGUUAUUUUCUUUUGAUAUAUUUUGGUCAGUAAUGUAAUGGUUGUUAGAAAGAUUAAUAUAGGUUCAAUGUGUUUCUUAGCACAAUUACUAUGAAGAACCCUUUAAUUUCAUGAAUAUAAGUGUGUAGUGUCCAUAGAUACUUGUAUUAAUACAAAAUGUUGUCCUGUGAUUUUACUAUUUUGAAUUUUUUAAUUACUUUUUAGAAAUUUAUCAAAAACAGGAAAAUGGUUAUAAUUGGUGUGAAAAUUAAAAAAAAUCAUAUUUAGCAUAUAUUGUCACUGUUUUGCAAUCUUAGAAUAACUUAUUUAAUGGACAGGUUUUUAUAAAUACAGUUUAUUGGUUAGGAGAUGCAUCCUUUGAAAACUUUCCUUUUGUCACUGAUACUUUGUUUUGUAAGUGUCUUCCAAUGUUCAGAGUUGCUUCCUGAACAAAACCAUCUACUUUGAUUUGAGGUGUAAUUCCACAGUAUAUUCCAAUUUAUAUAACUGUUUUCUAAUCAUACAUCAUUUUCUUAUAGAAUUAUAUCCAAAGUUACACUGUUUGAAUGUAGAGAUAAUAUUUUAUUCUUUUAUAUGACGCCAACAAAAUUCUCCAGUAUGUAAUGGAAAAAAAUCCAAUGUUUUAUCAUUUGUUUAAUGACUAUUUUUUGUAAUAUUUGAAAAGGUUGAAAAAAAGCAAUAAAAUGUCACUGCUUUUAAA